AAUCUGGUCGUUAUUGUUCCUCUUCCUCUUUUUUUUCUUUUACACUCCUUGCCUUUUUUUCUCCCCAUUCUCAUUGUUUUGUGUGGCGUAUAUAUAUUUGGUGCCCCCUUGUACCAAUAUUUAUGUGUUCAAAUAAAUAAAGAAAUAAUAAUCUUUUACAGAGAUUAAAAACAAACUAUAAAGCUUUCUCAAAAUUAUAUUUCGUAAUAAUAAAGAUAUCUUGCCUUUCUAUGUGUUCCAAAGGUUGAAAAUGAGUGAUGGUGAUUUCAUUCCUGAAUAUAAACCAACCGAUAUCGCCAUUAAGUUAUCUAAUGAAUUUCAUCACACUUUUGGUACAGAAUGCAGUUUUGUAGUUCGAGCUCCUGGUCGAGUAAAUCUUAUUGGUGAACAUAUUGAUUAUAAUGGUUAUCCUGUACUACCGAUGGCGUUAGAACAAGCAGUUUAUAUGUCUGUAGGUCCAACAUCUGGAUCUGAUUUGGAUAGGAUCGUUCUUAGAAGCACAGAUACUCAAUACAGGUAGUUUUGGUCAUCAUUUUAAUUCUGCUUCUGUGCUGCUCUGUGGUACUAGAAAAUAAGAAGGACCUGACAUACAUGAAAUUGAUCACCACCCAGUGAUGAAUCAAUUGUAAAUACAUCUCAGUCCUACAGGAAGUCAGUCACGGCCCGGAUAGCUCACUGGUAACGUCUCUGACGGUGAGUAUGGGUGACACGGGAUCAAAUUCGUCUGUGAGCAUCAUUUCCCUUAGGAUUACAGAGACACCUUGAUGAUGAGUGCCAAUUAGCACGAAACCUAGGCCCAGGGUUUCCUGUUGACUACCUCCAACCACCAUCUUAUAUCAACAUAGUGCACUAAAUGUCGAGUAACCUAGAUAGGUGGCCACAUUGCAACUUGGUCGAUAGGAUUCGAUCUGCACUAGGAAGGACCUGACAUAGAUGACAUUGGUCACCAGUGAUCAAUCAAUUGUAAAGGAAAUUAAGUGUUGAAGUUUACAGGUUGUUUUGGUUUACUAGAAAGAAAUAUAUUUACUCUCAGCUUGAGAUUUAUCGUUUUAGAUGGUUAGACCAUUCAUUGUACACAGCAAUUAAUCGUUAAACUUUCGUUAUAUAUAUAUACUGUCAUUGUUUUCGAAAUUAUGCCUUAAAAUGUUUUAUUUUGGAUUUCCAACUACUAAGAGAUUAUAAGUAGCAUAUGCUAGUGUAUAAAAUUAUUUGAUGUCAUUGUAAUGGGUGAGUGUUUGAGUGCAUUAUGUGAAGUGUGUUUUGAUAUUGUUAUUAUGAUGGAUAAGAUCAUUUCAGUACAUGAUAAACAAUCAUAAAAUCGUGUUUAUGAGACCGAAUAAUCAACAAGAUGCCUCUAAUAAACUGAUAUUUGAAACAAAAGAGCUAUCCAACAGAAUGUUUUUGUUCUUUAGCGAAACAAUACCUUUAUGUACAAAAUAUUAGGCGUGUAAAAAGAAAUCGGCGGAUGUCGUAAUGGAUUGAAGGAUAUAUUUAUUUUGUAGGCCUUCGUGUUUAUCAAACAACCCUUGUCUCUAGUUACUCUUAAUAUUCAUUAAUUUUUGCUCAUUUUUUGUUGUUAUGGCUUGUCAGUUAUUAUGUUAUACCAUCGCCAAUAAAAACACCGACUUAUUGACCGAACCGAUGGCACAUAAACCUGCUAGGUUUGAAACUAUUACGAGUUCACUUAGUAUGCGAACGGAACAAAGACUUGUGACCGUAGACCAAUAAGCUAGCUAUUUGAUGCGUCCCAGCCCCGCUAACUAGAGGAAGAAGUCCAAGCUUGGAACGGGUAAGUAUAUUCCGUAAGCCAGAAACACGAGUGAAUAAUAACAGGCACAAAUCAAACGUAUAUAUACAGCAUAAAACUGUCCUUGGGAAGCGUAGCAAAAAUAGCGUACUAAAAAUACACAACUGUUCAAUAGCGUUAAAGAUUCUCCCAAGUGGGAAAUACGACAUGAAAGUGAAAAGUGCGCUUUUGGCGCGAAAACAAGAAAAUUUAAAUUCCCAACAUAAAAUUAUAAAAUUAAGGCAUUUACCAAGUGAGGUCUGGGGAUCUAACAUCCCCAACAACACCAGUACGGACAACCUAGGGUCAGCUGUGAGUUCGUAUUGGACCUCCGAGAUAUUAGCUUCUCUCCAGACGGUUCAGUUCAGAAUACCAAUAUCAGCCUCCGCCACAUGAAUCAUGUAUUUCAGAGACACGCAGUUUAUUUACAAGCAAAUCGGACCGGAUUUUACUAUAAAAUAGAAAAUAACAAUUAUACAAGAGCAGGUCCAAAGUGGCUAUGAGUGUGAGAUACUAUAAUUUUGAUGGAGUUUUGUUCUAUGAGAUGGACGGCUUCCGAUAUACUUGAGUCUCCACACAGAUCAAAUUUUCAGUUACAGUAACAACGGCAGUAGAACCCACAAAAUCAACUGCGUACGAGCUUCGUUUAGGAGGGCGAGGACACACUACAACACACUUGCAGCGCAGAAAAAUGGAAUUAAUAUCUAAAGACAAUCUCCCAAAAAAAACGGCUAUUUAACCAACUUCAUCAAAAAAUACCAACAAAACGCCUCAGUAGAAACAAAAUCAAGUAUAGAAGCCGACAAAUGGAUCAUCCUACCAUAUGUAAAAGGCAUAUCAGGAAUUGUAGCGACAUUGUUGGAGCCUUUUGGAAUAGGUGUGGUACACAAACCAACAAAAUCACUUCAAUCAAUCCUACACAAAUCAAAGGAAGAAAGGACAAAAGAAGAAAAACCGAACAUCAUCUGCAAAAUAAAUAGUUUUAACUGCGAAAAACACUAAAUCGGACAAAGCGGACGUCACCUUCAUCUUUGCCUGCAUGAACAUCAAUUAGCGGUCAAACGCCAUGACACAUCCUCGCUUAUAUCAAUGCUUCUGGACAACUGUGGACGGACAUUCGACUGGGAAAACGCUGAGAUCUUGCAUAGAGGCAAUUCUAAGAACACUAGAGAAUUUUAGAAGCUUGGCACUCAGGUUAAUCAGCCAUCAACAAACACAUUGAAAUCCAUCCAACUUACCAGUCAAUCAGAAAAAUUAUGGGCAAAUAUAGGACCAGAACCAACACAAGAAAACUGGAGACUCAAGUAUAUCGGAAUAGAAUCAGUGGCCGAUAUAAUCAAAAUAAAGAGGUAAACAAUGAAAGGUUAAGGGUGAACAAUAACCAAUCAAGACCGAGGUCUACAGGACAAGCUAUGAGCCAAAUAUGGAUAAAUUCGAACACUUCACUUCUACCUGAAUUUUAUGCUGCUGAUGAUGUCGUUCAGAACAACGAUGAAAGCUCCACGACCAAACCAUCCAGCUCAGAGAAUAUUACUCCAUCAAAACCAUCCACCUGAGCUUCAAAUGUUCACUGUAAUAAUAAACUGGGAACAAUCUAAUAAUAGUAAAUCGUAUAAUAAUAGUGAAAUGGAAGCUUAUAAUAAAAGGAAUAUGAAUAUACAUAAAACAUAGUUACUCAUUAGUUAAACAGUAAUAAUAAUAUUAUGUAAUAACAGUCCAUAAAUAGAUCCUAGCGUUUACUAUUCACUUAUUCUUCGUCUGGAUAUAACACUUCCAUUCGUUUUAACUUGUUCCUUACAGUUUUUCCAUUUCGUCUUAUUGCUCUUGUUUUUCAUUAUGUCUUCAGUAUGUUGAUUUUCACUGAGUUUAUGCGCAUGAAAUACAUAUAUUUGCAUCGAUCCAUUAUUUUCUUGGGUUGAGCGCUUAUUUACUUGUCUGUUUGCCUAACAAAACUAUGUUUGGGAUUAUACUACAGUGAAGUAUCUACACCGUUUAUAAACUCCCAUUUCUUCAUAAGCCCACUGUUAUAUGCACACUAAAGACUAAUAGUGUUUAUGUGAAAACACGUGAACAAAUUAUUUCACAGACUAAGUUUAAAAUUACGGUGUUUUCACACAGUUCUAACUAACGUUUGCAGUUGAAAUAUUCUAUUCCUCAAUCCUUGUACCCAAUAUAGGCCUAUUAAAAUUCCGAUUACAGAAGCCAUAACAUUUGGUUGUGAAGGAUCGCCUGACUCGCCUGAGUGGUUUCAUUAUUUUCAGUGCGCGUAUCGAGGAAUAAAAGACUAUGUAGACAAGUUGAAUUUGGUACGUUCAUAUAUCCGUUUGUCUUUUUCUAAUGACAGCACAUCUCUUGUCAGCUUUGUUUCAACAUUUCAGGUCAUCAUUAUCCAUAACAAGCUUAUGUAAGCCUCUAAAAGCUAAACCUAUUGUGUAAGGGCUUGUGGUAAUACUUCACUGCUCAAUUAUAUAGUAUGGGUGUAAACUGAUCAUCUGAUAAGAAAUUCAAUAACAGUGGUCGUAGUAGAAAUCCCAGUCAUAUCCUUCCAAAUGUUAAUGUAAUUAAUUGUUCUAAGUUAGUACAUCAGAUCGGCAGACUAACUUUUAAAGUUUUAGACACGGAGGUUAUGAUAAUAUUUGAAUUCUACUGCCACUGUUUAAAUGUUCUUAAAAACUAAAUUUUCUCUUAAUUUCACUCACUUACUGUUUAUUCACACAAAGGACACUCUGUUGUGGCAUUAUAUUAACCUAUUUCCGUUCACUUUUGUCGACUACUAAUGUUGGCUGUACGUGUAACUGCUUCGCUAUCCUCUGCGUUAAAUCAUCACAUUUAGAAAAACUUUUGUUCUUGCUGUGCAUGGUGAGUUUGUAACAUUUAGACCAAAGAAGCACUUGAUUCAAUACAAGAUGAAGGCCGCCUAAUUUCAAGUAUUUUUUGACACAUUCUUCAUAACGUGCUUAUUUUAAACCAUGUGGUUUUUCCGAGGUCUGAUUAGUAUCAUUUUUCUAGAUUAAUAUAAUCUAAUCUAAUGUAAGGUAAAAGGAACAAAAUACUGGAAUGUUAAUCAGUCAACUUCGGUGGAAGUGAAGCGAAUACUAUUGCCUAAAUGGUUAGAGUGUAGUUAUGACAACAUGAUAGUUUUGUCGAAAAUUUAAACAAAGUGAGUUAUUGACAACACGUUUAUGCGGUUGUGCUAUUGUGCUGUCUAGUUAAUUAGUGAGUUCUUAUCAUAGUUUUCGUUGAUUUACUCUUACAGACUGGAUACAUUUUUGAAUUGUGAAUUGAAAAUCUUAUUCACUGUUUAAUUUUUAAUAGGAUUGGACUCCUCCUAGUCUAAAUGUACUAGUUGGUGAUGUUGAAUAUGGUGGUUUAUGGCCAGCUGCUGGUCUUUCAAGCAGUAGCGCUUUCGUAGUUGCUUCUGCCAUAGCAAUUAUGCGAAUAUCUGGUUUACAAAUAAGUAGAGUAAGUGGAAAGUAGAAAAGUUGUAAAUAAAGAGAACAAAGUAUUCUUUUGUGCUUCCAUCUUAAAUAUUAUGUCUACGAUUAUUUUCCUUUUUCCCUAAAACAACUAGAAUUUACUGCUUUCUACAUAUGUAAUGGUAGCGAUAACAAUAGAUUUGUCUGUAGCCUUUCUGUGGUUACUCCCGGUCCCAAACCUGGAUAAAGGAGGAAGGUUGAGCAUGGGGUCGGCAACCACAUCCUGUUGAAAAACACCUUGCUAAAAAUGCUCAAACCAUUUAAGUUCUGCCAUGGAAGUUGAACAAUUAUGACGCCUCAUGGUAAUAGCCAAGAUUAUUCGAAAAUCACGAGGCCGAUCCCUUUUCGACGACAAUUAAUGUAGGAACAUGAAAUGUCCGAACAAUGUAGGAGACUGGGAGGACAAGUUAAAUAGCUGCGGAAAUGAGGAAAUACAAUUUGGCGGUCUUUAGAUUAAUUGAAACCAAUUGAACCCAAGCUGGACAGGAAAGACUAGCUUCGGGAGAGAUGCUGCUGUUCUCACACCCGAGGAGUUGCACUGAUGCGGUCUAAAGAAGCACGUGAAGCACUUGUAGGGUGGUAAUCUCAUGGAUCAAAGAUCAUGGACAACGCCGAAUAUGAAGGUAUCAUGGGACGACAAGGACUGGGAGGAAGAAAUGAGAAUGGUGACAUAUUUGCAGACCCACGUGCAUUCAACAAAAUGGUUAUGAGCGUCACAAUAUUCCCACACAAACGCAUACACAAAGCUAUGUGGAUCUCACCGGACCACACUACAGAGAACCUCAUCGAUCAUGUCUGUAUCACAAAACAUUCGGAAUGUCAAUCGAAGACGUGAGAACCAGGAGAGGAGUUGACAUAGUUUCAUAUCACCACCAACUGGUGGUUGCAAAGAUGAAAAUGAAGCCAAAGAAACAUUGGACAACUGGAGAAACAACAUUACAAAAGUUCAAUUCAAUUGCCUCGACAUACUGACAAACUCAAGGAAUUCAAGAUAGUUCUCAACAAAAAGUUCCAAGCCUCACAAGAUCUACUCAAAGAUGAAACUACUAUGGAGGACAACUUGAGAUGGAUUAAUGCAACACUAACCCCAACGUGUCAAAAUGUGCUGGGCCGCAAGAAGCAACAUUAUAAGGAAUAGAUCUCCAUGGGAACCCUGGACAAGAUUCAAGAAAGGAAGAACAAGAAGACAGCAAUUAACAACAGCCGAGCAAGAGCAGAGAAAUUCAAGGCAUACUCUAAAUACACAGAAGCAAACAAAAAAGUGAAGAGGCGCAUCAGAGCUGACAAGCAUUAAUACGUUUAAGACCUAGAAACGCCAGCAGAAAAAGCUACGAGAGAAGGAAAUACGCAACAACCAUAUAAUGCAACGAAGAAGCUUUCAUGGGAAUAUGGUAAACCAGAGUGCCUCGUCAAAAGCAAACAAGGCAAACCAACACUAAGAUUCACGAACAGCGGGACAGGUGAUUAGAAAAUUUCGUAGAACUCUUGAACAGAUCAUCCCCAUUGAACCCACCGGACAUCGAAGCAGCACACACGGAUCUCCCUAGAGAUGUCAUCCCAACAACGAUCGAAGAAAUGAGGAUGACCAUCAGAGAAAUCAAGAGUAGGGAAGCAGCAGAACUCGACAACAUACCAGCUGAAGUACUGAAGUCAGACGUAGAAGCAACUGUAAACAUGCUUCACGUUCUAUUCAGAAAGAUUCGGGAGUGAGAACAAGUGCUGACAGACCGGAUAGAAGGAUACCGCAUCACACAGUCCAAAUUGUGACACUAUGGAUCAUUUUUGACCAUCAAUUGGAUGGAAAUCAUCACUAUACACCAACUUCCCUGACUAUGAGGCAGUGGUUGAAGCGCCGAUAGGGGGACGUUAUACAACCCUCUUCGACACUGUGGUGUACUUGACAAGAUCUUCACCACCAUAUGGAAUUCUUACGACGGCUACACUACAAAGUGGUGCAUGAAGGACAACUCACAGAUUCAUUGUAAGUGAAGAUCGGUAUUAGACGAGGCUGCUUGCUUGCUCUCGCCUUUUCCAUUUCAUCUGGUGGUUGACUGGAUUAAGAAGACUUCCACAUCUGAGAGAAAGCAUAGAAACCUCGGACGCAACUAAACAAUCUAGACUUUGUGGAUCACUUAAAUCUUCUAUCCCGUAUACAGAAACGAAUGCAGGUGAAGGCAAACAGUGUAGUAGCAGCCUCUGGAGCAAUAGGCCUCAACAUUCACAAGGCAAGAAGAUCCUGAAAUAUAACACAACGAGCACCAGCCAAACUACAAUUGAUGGAGAUGCUCUGGAAGAUAUGGAAACUUUUAACAUACCUGGGAGCGUUAUUGAUAAACAAGGGGGAUCUGAUGCAGAUAUGAAAGCAUGGAUUGGUAAAGCAAGCGGAGCAUUCCUACGACUGAAGAACACAUGGAACUCGAAACAACUGGCAACCAAUAUCAAACUCAAAAUCUUCAGUACGAACGUCAAAACAGUUAGUUAUAUUGUACGGAGCUGAAACUCAGAGAACUACCACAACCAUCAUCAAAAUGGUACAAUUAUUUAUAAACAAUUGUCUACGUAAGAUACUCAAUGUCUGUUGGCCGAAUACCAUCAGCAACAACCUACUGUGACAGAGGACAAACCAGCUUCCAACUGAUGAGGAAAUUAGGAAAAGACGUUGGAGGUGGAUUGAGCAUACAUUGUGGAAAUCAUCAAACUGUAUCAUGAGGCAAGCACUAACUUGGAAUCCUGAAGGAAGUCGGGAAAAACGAAGACCAAGGGACACAUUGCGCCAGGAAGUGUAGGGAGACAUCAAGAAAAUGAGUAGUAAUCGGAAACAAUUUAUUUAUUUAUUGUCACAUACCUUGAAUUCAAAACGUUUGAAGUACAAUUCGAAAUUUCAUAAAGUAGUUGGUAAUUAUCUUUAUUAGUUUAAGUCAUAAUAUCUUUUGAAUUCUCUGAAAGUUCACACUAUAAUCUGGAUCAAAUGAAGUUUGAUGAAAAAUGUUGACUGAAAUAUUGCGAUGCGGCGGUUAAAUGACAGCAUGUCUUUUAUAUAUGUAAGUAGCAAGUACGUUUACUACUUAUCUACCUUAUAAUGCAAUUAAAAAGUUAUUCAUUGCUGCCGCACUUUUCAAUGUAUCUUUCAUUAAUAGUCAUUUGUUAUGGAAAUAAUCUUGCG